AUGGAUCACAAAUCAAAAUGCGUUAUUGCUACAAAGAUUUUAAUUUGUGCAGCAAUAUUUCACUUUUUAUGUUCGGGAUUAAACUUGAAUCUCAACAGCAGAACUAGAAAUGUUGCUAUAAAUGAUGUUUUAUUUGAUGAGGUUCAACGUUUACGUGAUACUUUAUCGAUAGCUAACCAUACAAUAGCCAAUGGCGCUCUUCGUAUAAAACAAUUAACGAAAGCAUUGAAUUCAUUAAAGUCAUCAAAAUCCUUGAAGUGUGAAAAGAGAAUUGAUGUUAUUAAAGAAAACAGCUUAUUUCCUAAAAUUGUGCCAAUUCCAAUGGCUUUUUCUUAUUCUGUUAAUCGCGUUCCAUCUGUUCAUAAUAGUUGGUGGACUGGACCAUUUAAAUCUGGUUGGGGAAAUUCGGUAUUUGGCGCCUUUAAGAAAUUUUUAACUUCGAAUACGGUACAUAUUGAUUUUGGUGCUUGGAUUGGUCCAACUGUAUUAUUUGCUGCUAAUAUUGCAAAACGUGUGAUUGCAUUUGAAUGUGAUCCAUAUGCCGAAGCUGAAUUAACAGCAAAUAUACGUGUUAACCCUCAUUUAUCACAUAAAAUAAGUGUGAGUUCGUUAUGUAUAAGUAAUCAUAUUCAUUCAACUGAAAUGACUGGUCGUGGUGGAUCACGUUCAAUAAUAAGUACAGUUGGUAAAGAAACGUUUGAUCCAAUUGCAAAUAUUAGUAAAACAAAAUGGAAAGUUAAUUGUGUGCCAUUGAUUAAAAUAUUAAAGGAACAAAAACUAUUAGAUGGUAGUAGUGAUUUAUUUAUUAAAAUAGAUACCGAGGGUGCUGAAUCAAUAAUAUUACCAAGUUUUCAUGAAUGGUUAUCGAAACUAGAUUCGAAAAUCAAGCCAACUAUUCUUGUUUCUAUGCAUUCAAAAUUCUCUAAUUUAAAACAAAAACCUGCGGCAAUUAGAGGAAUUUUAAAAACGUUUUCAGUUUUCAAAUAUGCAACACCUUGGGGACACCCGCUGAAAAGAUCAGGCUCGUCGUGGAAUGAAUCAUAUUUAGUUUCAGCUUGUGGCGGAUGUGACAUUCUUCUAACCGAUAAAGAAUAUUAA